AUGCCUAUGAAAGAGAUGAAAACUGGUAACUGCUUGCUUUUGGGUCUAGCCCUCGUUAAUGGCGUUUUGGGAAGAACGUUGACUACAACUGAAGGUUACCGUCUUGCGUCCAUUGAUACCACGAUCUUUCGAAGAACCGUAGCCGAGGUUGAUGAGAGUUCUGUUGUUACUGUAACUAGGACUGCCACUAGUUCCGAACUGAAGGUUACUGACGCUGCUAUCACAAACUGUGCCUUCAUCAAUAGUGCCUAUGUCUGUGUUGAUAACAGUGGAUUUGCUGGGAAGUUGAUCCCCACUCCAACUUCUUCAAGUGAUAUGCCAAAGCUGUAUACUGAUUGCCACGCACAUGACACUUCUACUUUCUGUGUUGAUUCAAGUGGUUCUGAAUAUGAAUUUGUCACGCAGAAUUCAAAACUGUCUACUGGAAAGCUGUGUCAUUUCCAUGCCGGAGUAGAGCAUUGUGUUGGUGAUGAUGAGUCAGAAGUUGUUUGCGAGAAGGUCGAAAGGGAUUAUAACAAACCUUUGCGUAUUGGUUUGCUUUUUGUCAUGCUUGUCACUAGUGCCAUAGGGGUAUUUUUCCCAACUGUAUUUAAGAAAGUUCCAAGCUUUGGAAUCAAUUCUCUAGUUUUUGUAUUGGUUAAGCAAUUUGGUACGGGUGUUAUCAUCUCAACAGCGUUUGUUCACUUGUUAACUCAUGCAUUUUUAAUGUGGAACAACAAAUGUAUCACUUUGAGUUACGAAUCUACUGGAACUGCCAUAACAAUGGCUGGGUUGUUCUUGGCCUUCCUUGUCGAGUAUGGUUCUUCUAGAAUCUUAAUAGGAAAUACAGUUAUCCAGGAAAAAACGGAAGAAGCUUCUAAAGAAGGAGUUGAAUCCAACAGUGUGUCCUUUAAUAAUGAAAAUGAAACAAUCAAGAAACUGGAUUUGAUAAAUGUACUUACUACUGAAGCAGGUAUUAUUUUCCACUCUAUUCUUAUAGGGAUCACAUUGGUUGUUACAGCUGAUUCAUACUUUAUUACAUUGUUCAUUGUUAUUGUCUUCCAUCAAUUCUUUGAAGGUCUCGCCCUUGGGUCCAGGGUUGCUGAAUUGCAAUACACUUCGAUGUUACACAAAUGCGUUAUGGGAGGUGCUUUUGCAUUGAUUACACCUAUUGGAAUGGCUAUCGGAUUAGGAGUAUUAGAGAAAUUCAAUGGAAACAACCCACUGACCAUUAUAGCUUUAGGUACUUUGGAUUCUUUGUCAGCCGGAAUCCUUAUUUGGACUGGUAUUGGCCAAUGGUGGGCAAGAGACUGGAUUCACGGCGAAUUGAGAAACGCCAAUAUGAUUACAACUAUUACAGGUUUUGUUGGGCUUAUUGGUGGACUCAUAUUAAUGAGCUUUAUCGGAAAAUGGGCCUGA